AUGGUGCCGCGGGAAGUCAGCCGAUCUUCCAACAUGCGUCAAUAUCAUAAGUUACGUCUCACUGGCAGUUUGGGACAUUCCGAUGGGAUGGAAGUGGACUUGUUACAUUAUCAGCGGGGCUGGAUUCGGACUGAGUGGUCUGUUAAUGGCGUCAGUCUCGCGAAUUUCCCCGACAAUUUCAAUGGCAAAUAUCCUAACACACUUUGUAACAGCUGGGCCCAUGAAAUUUGCUCUGAAGAUAACGAAGAGCGCUCCUUGGUUAUCGGAAGCAUGAACGAAAUGGCUUAUGUUUUCCAAGCCUGGCUGCCUCUUGUUGUAUGGCAGCAAGUUGAUGGCCCGGAGUACCGCAAGGGCUUUAUCACUGUCACCGUUUUGUCUGUCAUCUUGAUAAUCAGUACUUUCGUUGUUCGUUUCCUCCACAACAGAGAGAAAUUGAGACAAGGGAAUCAGAUUCAGGAAGCAGAGACGGAAGAUCAUUCCUCGGAUUCCCCAGGAAGGAUCUCGAUUGAGACUAAGCCUAUCAAGUCUUGA